UGAUACGUUUCACAGUGAUCAUUUCAGGCCAGAACUGUGAUGUGCCGAAAGUUGGAAAUGUUAAAGAGCAGCCCAAAACAGUUGUAUCUAAUCUGUACAUGUAUGUGUUUCUCUGUGAUGUUUCAUUAUUUGUGUCAAACGAUGAAUAAAAGGGAACCUUAUUUAGAUAUAAACAAAACGUUACAAGACAAAAAAAAUAUUAAUUUGGUGUUUAUCGGAGGAAGUAAUCACAGCGGCGCAAGUUUGACAAGGGCAAUACUGGAUUCCCAUCAAGAUAUACAUUGUAGGUGCGAAACAUGGCUGAUGGAAUAUAUGCUAAGCGCAAUGUCAAGGUGGACAAGAUUUGAACAAAAGUUUUUCUUAGUGAACGCUGGAGUCUACCCAGAAGCGUUGGAUGAAGCAAUGGCCCAAUUUAUGUUGGAAAUAAUUCUUAGCUUUUGCUCAAAUUCUAAACUAUGUUGCUAUAAAAGCACAUUUAUAUUAUCCUGGGCUAAGUAUGUUCACAAGUUGUUUCCAAAUGCCAAAUUUAUUUAUAUGGUCAGAGAUCCAAGAGCAACCGUUCAUUCUGAAAUGUCACAAAGGAAUUCAAACAACGUAACACACUAUUGGACGACUUUAAAAAAAUGGAAUGACAAUAAUUUAUAUUUCUACGAUGAAUGCGCGGAUUUAGGAAAAGAAAUUUGUUUGAUAGUUAAAUACGAACAAUUGGUAUUAAAACCAGUUAUGCAAACAAAACGAAUAUUCAAAUUUCUUGGAAUUCCCUGGAACGACGAAGUUUUGCACCACGAAAGACAUAUCAAUAAGUCUUUAAUAUUAAGAUCAGAACCAGAUGCGAGUGAAGAAUUAUUCAAACCUUUGAACUUGGAUGGACUAACAAAAUGGUUUGGGAAUCUCCCGAAAGAAAUCGAAGAAAAUUUGAAAAUUUAUAAUGAAAUGAAGCUUUUUGGGUAUGACCCAGAAAAGACUACUCCGAAGUAUGACCAACCCGAUGAUUUUAUGAUGAAAAUGAUGGCUGAACAAAAAUUAUAAUCUUCGAAUUACACGGGAUCCUAGUUCG